AUGGAGGUUGGGGAUGAUUGGGUGCCCUGUUUCCCAGGAUUCCCCAAUAUCUCCUGCUGGAACCCACCGUCUCCUUGGCUUGAAACAUUGUUUAUCAACAUUGCACUGUACCCCAUCUCUGUGCUCACUGCGGUCCUUAACCUGCUCAUCAUCAUCUCAAUCUCCCACUUCAGGCAGCUCCACACACCCACCAACAUCCUCCUCCUCUCUCUGGCUGUCUCAGAUUUUCUUGUGGGCCUCCUGGUGAUGCCAGCAGACACACUAGAAAGAACACACUGCUGGUUGUUUGGUGACUUUUUUUGUUGUCUUUAUAUGUUUGUGUCCAACAUCAUUUUCUCUGCUUCAGUAGUAAACAUGGUGCUCAUAUCAGUUGACCGUUAUGUGGCUAUUUGUGACCCUCUGCAUUACACCACCAGAAUCACUGUGAAUAGAGUUAAAUUCUGUGUUUGCCUUUUAUGGUUCUAUUCUGUUGCCCACAAUAGUUCCUUCUUUAAUCUACAUCUUAUUCAACAAGAAGAAAUUUCUAUUUACUGCUAUGGAAAAUGUGAGAGUUUCACGGAUGAUGCCGGCUCCUACCUUAAAUUUCUUUUAAACUUAAUUGUUCCUGUUACUGCCAUUAUAGUUUUAUAUACGAGAGUCUUUGUUGUGGCUGUGUCUCAGGCUCGUGCCAUGCGCUCUCACAUUACAGCUGUCACAAAGCAGAUUUCAGUGACUAAAAGAGCAAAGAAAUCUGAGCUGAAAGCAGCCAGGACUCUUGGUGUUUUGGUAGUUGUGUUUCUAACGUGUUUCACACCAAGUUACUUUGCAAGUUUGGGAGGAUAUGAAUCCAUGAGUCAUUCAACUUCAUUCUUUAUUAUGUAUCUAUACAGUUUUAACUCUUGUCUUAACCCUUUGAUUUAUGCCUUGUUUUACCCCUGGUUCAGGAAAACAGUUAGACUCAUUGUUACUCUUCAGAUACUGCAGCCUGGCUCCUGUGAGGCCAACAUACUGUAG